GAUACAUUCCCCUCUUUCAUACUUUACCAUAACCCUAUUGCUUUCUCUUCCUGUCCCUAUCUGGACUGUUCAUCUACGACGCCUAGACUUAGCAACGUCUAUUGUCCCAAAUCACUCUUACAACGUCAGACCAUCCAAAUCAGGUCAUUCAGUCAGACUAUGUCACCUUUCAAACCCGCGCUUACUCUUGAUACCAUCAACCCCGCGGUUCAGGCUGUUCACUAUGCUGUCCGAGGCGAGCUCGCGAUCAAGGCGGACAAAUAUGUCCAAGUCCUUGCCGAUAUAACUCACAAGCCUUUGCCGUUUGAAAAGAUCGUCACUGCCAACAUCGGUAAUCCCCAACAACAAGGUCUUGAUCAAGUUCCUCUCACUUAUUGGCGACAAAUUAUUUCCUUAUUGGAGUAUCCCGAUCUGAUGCAGAAACAUGAGCAGUUGGCCAAGCAGAUUUACCCUGGAGAUGUGAUUGAGCGAGCCAGGGCGUUACAUAACGAAAUUGGAAGUACGGGUGCGUACACUCAUUCCAAGGGUGUGUUGGGUAUCAGAAAGAGAGUCGCCAAGUUUAUUGAAGAACGCGACGGUUACCCGGCGGACCCUCAAAAUAUCUUCCUCACCGCCGGUGCUUCUGCCGGUGUUGCUUCGAUCCUUGGUGUCGCCCUCCGCAGAGGUGAUGGCUGCAUGAUCCCCAUCCCCCAAUAUCCCCUCUAUACCGCCACCCUCGCUUACCUCGAGUCUGAGCCUCUGCCAUACUACCUUUCUGAAGCGGACGACUGGUCGAUGAACCACGAUUCUUUGCUCAAGAGCGUGGAGGAAGGCAAGAAGAAGGGUAUCCCCAUCAAGGCGCUUGUAAUCAUUAACCCCGGAAACCCUACCGGCGCAUGUUUGAGCCAAGAGGCGAUGGAGGCGGUUGUGCAUCUCUGUUAUGAGGAAGGUAUCGUCCUCCUCGCAGACGAGGUUUACCAGAUGAACGUCUUUGACCCCGAACAGCGACCGUUCAUUUCUUUCAAAAAGGUUUUGAUGGAUAUGCCCAAGGAGAUCAGGGAAAGUGUGGAACUGGUAUCUUUCCAUUCGAUCUCAAAAGGUGUUAGUGGAGAAUGUGGAAGGAGAGGUGGAUACUUUGAAUGUGUCAACAUUGAUAAGGAUGUGAUGGACCAGGUUUACAAGAUGGCGAGUGUCACUUUAUGUCCUCCCGUCUCAGGCCAGAUCGGUGUCGACCUCAUGGUCUCCCCUCCGAAACCCGGAGACGAAUCUUACCCCUUAUGGAAAGAAGAAACCGAUCUGAUCCAAAACAAUCUCAAGUCCCGAUCAUAUCUCAUGGCUGAGCAUUUCAACAAAAUGGAAGGUGUUUCUUGCAACAAUGCGGAAGGAGCCAUGUACUUGUUCCCGAGGAUUAAUAUCCCUCCCAAAGCUGUAGAGGCGGCGAAGAAGUUGGGUAAGGAACCGGAUGUGAUGUAUGCUUUGGAUCUUCUUGAUGCGACCGGUAUCUGUGCGGUGGCAGGCAGCGGUUUUGGCCAAGAACCGGGGACGUUCCAUUUGCGAGUGACUGCCCUGUGUCCCGAUACUGCUGAAUUUAUCGGUCGAUUCCAAAAGUUCAACAAGGAAUUUAUGGAAAAGUAUGCCUAAAAGGUCACGUCGAGAAGUGGGAAGAGAAAAUAAUAGCAUUGGUUUCGACAUUGAAGGCGCGGGAGGAAGGGAAAAGAAAACUCAGUAAAAGGCUCUCCUUGGAUCGGAUUGGAUUGUGUGUAGUAUUAUGACUUUGGUUGGAAGUGGGUGAAGUUGUUUUCAGGGUUGUCUAUAGGAUUAGUCUUGCAUGCUGCAUGUUCAUGUCAUGGAUUGGGUCAUAUUGA